UGCCAGUGCAUUUGUGCUUUUUUGUCCAUCUCGCUGCUUUCUUUCUGCAAUUUUUUGGAGGCAAAAAAAAAAAAAAGGGAAGACGAUGGACCCAAAAACUGAUAAGCUGGUGAGAAGGACGACUAUGGUGGCCACUGCUGUUGCUUCUUAUAUCCUUCUCACUGCAGACUAUGGUCCCCAACCGAAUGCUCUUGACCCUAUCAAAAACGCAAUACUUUCAGCGGAGCGCUCUGUGAAGGAGUUCGUCUUUGGAUCAAAGAAGGUUGGUCAGGAAAAUGAAACUGAGAAAGCCCCAAAUAGUUCAGAGAAAGCCUGAGACUUUUGACUUGGGUUAACUACCAUUGCUUCCUCAUGAAUGUGAUUUAUGACCUUUAUCAGAUUUGCUGCCAUGAAUUUUUAGUAUAACAAACUACUUUCUCUUUGUGCCAAAGUUUUGAUGAUAGUGAAAACUCAUUUGUUAAUGCGCACUUUCACCUGAUU